GCACACAGCUGACUCUUUCAUUAUCUGCUCGACAGAAAACAGGUGGUGCUGAGAAAAUGAGGAGAGGUUUCCUGCUGAUGAGUCUGUUCCUCAUCAUGAAACUCCAAUACUGUCAGUCCAGAUGCGAGGAGCCCGGAUCGCGCAGAACUUCAGAUCAGACCCCAGGUUUGGAUAACCUCAAGCGGAACAUUCUGAAGAGGUAUAGCGAUUUGGAUUAUGACAGCUUUGUGGGUCUGAUGGGCAGACGGAAUUCUGAUACAAACGCUGUACCUUCACCACAAAAAAGGGAAAUGAAUGAUGUUUUCGUUGGUCUCAUGGGAAGGAGAAACUCAGAGCCCAAUAAUGGUCCCUGGAGGAGAGAGUACCCAGAGAGGAGAGGCAUUUUUCUCAACAAGUGCAGGCUGAGGUUUCUUCAGGGGCUGUAGACAUUCAUACUGACGUAUCCAGCUACAAUGACAAAUGAUCACAGAGAACACAAUCAAUGAACUACAUGUCUGAUGGAAAUGUUUGAAUAGACUCGAAUCACAC